AUGGAAGACCCAGAGGAUGACAUAGCUGUCAUUGGGAUUGGAUGCAAUUUCCCUGGAGGCGAGGGGUUGGACAAUUUCUGGAGGGUUCUAUUGGAAGGACAGAACUGUGUAGUAGACAUUCCAGCAGAAAGGUUUGACACCACAUUUUGGUAUGAUGCUGAUGAUAGCAAACCCGGAAAGACACAAACAACCAAAGCAGCUCUUAUAGAAGGGUUUAAUGAGUUUGAUCACAAGUUUUUUGGGAUCACUGAAACAGAGGCUGAUUUCAUGGACCCUCAGCAGAAACUCCUCCUUCAGUGUACAUACAGGGCAUUAGAAGACGCGGGAAUGGCUAUGGAAAGCAUCAGUGGAAGCAGAACUGGAGUUUACAUAGGCCUUAUGAACAGAGAUUAUGAGAUGCUCCGAAGUAACAGUCCCACUACAGUAACCCACUACAAUUGCACUGGCACAGCCAUGAGUGUGGCUGCCAAUAGAAUCUCCUUCACUUUUAAUCUCACUGGCCCUUCUUUUGCCAUUGACAGUGCAUGUUCCUCAUCUUUGGUGGCUCUACAUUUAGCCUGCCAGGCCAUAAAGCAAGGAGACUGUGAGAUGGCUUUGUGUGGAGGUGUCAACUCUAUCAUAGAGCCAAGAGUGUUUGUAGCUCUCAGCAAGGCGAAGAUGAUCUCACCCGAGGGAACAAGCAAACCUUUCUCCAGCAGAACAGAUGGCUACGGUAGAGGGGAGGGCUGCGGGGUUGUUCUCCUGAAGCCUCUGAAAAAUGCUGUAAAAGACUGCAACAAAAUAUGGGGUAUCAUCAGCAAAACAGCGGUUAACCAAGAUGGACACUCAGUCACUCCAAUCACCAAACCCUCUAUGACACAACAAGAGGAGCUGCUGCGAAGACUCUACUCAGAGUCUGACAUCGCAAACGUUCAGUACAUAGAGGCACAUGGGACUGGAACCCCGGUUGGAGACCCAACAGAGGCGGGAAGCAUCUCAAACGUCAUUGCUAAAGCCAGACGUCGUGGUUCAGAGACACUGCGGAUUGGCUCUGUGAAGGGUAACAUUGGACAUACAGAAUCUGCAGCUGGAGUGGCCGGACUCAUUAAGGUUCUCUUAAUGAUGAAGCAUGAGACCAUUGUGCCCUCCGUUUUCUACUCUGAAGACAGUGCAAGUGUAGACGUAAAAGCUCUUAAUCUAAGUAUUCCGUCUAAAACUGAAAGAUGGGAGACAAAUAGGUCAUUACAGAGGGUAGCUGGGAUUAACAGCUUUGGGUUUGGAGGCACAAAUGCACAUGCGAUUUUAAGAGAGUAUAGAAAGUGCCCUGUUCCCACACAGAUUCCAAAAGGCUUUCCAAAACCCUUUGUAGUAUCUGCAGCCUCUGAGAAAUCAUUGAUCCUAUCCAUCACUGACACCAAUCAAAAGCUUUGCAGGGCUCAAACAGUUGACUUACAGGCAUUGUCAUACACCUCAGCAUGUGGAAGGAGUCAUCGCAGACACAAAUAUAAGAAGGCCUUCCUGUCAACUUCCCUCUCAGAUUUACAGCACCAGCUGGCAUCUGCACUGAAAAUAAAGGUUGAGUCAGCAAAGUCAGACAUCCAGGUGGUGUUUGUGUUUUGUGGGAAUGGAGUUGCCUACAAGGGUAUGUGCAAUCAGCUCCUGAGAGAGGUUCCUGUUUUCAGAGAUAAGGUCAGAGAGGUUGAGAAUCUCUUCCAGAGUCAUAAAAGCACCAUUAUCAGUCAAUGGCUUGCUGGUGACUAUGAUAAUGAUGAUUUCAGCAAACCAAAUAUUGUCCAGCCUCUUCUUUUUGCAAUUCAGGUUGGCAUCGCCACUCUCCUAAAGCACUGGGGUGUCAAGCCUGAUGCAGUGCUUGGACACUCUGUAGGCGAGGUUGCUGCAGCUCACUGUUCUGGCCUCCUCUCUCUUGAAAAUGCUGUUAAAGUGUUGUACCACCGCAGUACUCUUCAGAGCAAGGUCACAGGUGGGAAAAUGCUUGUGGUCAGUAAUGUGGCUGUAGGAAAGGUAUUAGAAAUCCUUAAAGUCUUCUCUGGCAAAAUUUGUGUUGCAGCUUUCAACAGCCCUCUGUCCUGCACACUGUCAGGGGAUUCAGAUGCUAUAGACAUCCUGCAUGAAAGACUUAAGAUUCUGUUUAGAGAUAAAAACCUCUUCCUCCAUAUCUUGGAUGUUCCAGCGGCAUAUCAUAGCCAUAUGAUGGAUCCUAUAUUAGAUGACAUUGAGAGGAACAUAGAUUCUUUAGAUGCUAACAACAUGGAAUGCAAACUUUUUUCAACAGUGACUGCAGACAGGUAUUCAGAUGGUGACUUCAGCACCGGCAGGUACUGGGCAAAGAACAUCCGAGAACCUGUUCUAUUCGAAAAAACACUGCAUGCUGCCACCAAAGAUAAGCAGUCUAGCAGAAAUGUGGUCUUUGUGGAGAUUGGACCUCGUAGGGCUCUUCAAAGGAACAUACAUGAGACUCUGGGAAAUGACGCCAUAGUUCUUUCCUCAGUCCAGCCAGAGAAAGAUUGUGACACAAUCUUGUCUACUUUGGCAAAAGUAUUUGAAUUGGGCAUAAAUGUGGACUGGCGUCAACUCUACAGGGGUUAUGAGACAUUGCCCACAGCUCUUCCAAUCUAUCAGUUCGACCACUCAAAGAAAGAACUGAAUUUUGAAGAUGUAAGAAGAGGUAAUAAAUUAUCUGCUUUUUCUCCCCAAACACUCAUAUCCCAAACAAAGGUAGAUAAAGAGUACAUGUGCAACCUCUCAUUAGAGACUGCACCAUAUCUUUGGGAGCAUAAAAACAAUGGUGUUUCCAUUGUGCCAGGUGCAUUUUAUGUUGAACUAGCUUAUGCCUCGGUGAUAGCAAGCCUAAAACCAAAGAAACCUGCUUCUCUGCUCCAGCUCAGUGUUAGAUUUGAGAGUCUGUUUACACUCAGCUCAAACUGUCAUCAGUUGAAAGUAACAGUUAAGCAUGCAGAUACUGAGGCCUCUUUUAAAAUACAGUCUUCUGGCGCAACACAUGCCUCUGGCACAUACAAGAGUACAGAUGGCCAACCACUGUUAGAGGAACCAACCAUUUCUCUUAACAUGAUCCGUCAAAGGUGCAAAUUCAUUUUGAAGAGAAAAGAGAUUUAUUCAAUUCUUUCUCAAGCAGGAUUUGAAUAUGGCUCUGUCUUCAAACAGCUCGAUGAUGUGCAUUUUGGGGAUGAAUUCAAGGAAGCUGUGACAAAAAUUCAAGUCCCCGGAGAACUUCUAAAACACCUUCAUGACUAUUUCAUCCACCCUGUGUUAUUAGACUAUUUCCUUCAAAUGACUGCAGUGGUAGCUGUUGGACGGCUAACAGCCAAGCAGGGAUUCCCCUCAGCUAUAGGUUGUGUCGCCAUUUCAGGACCAUUACAAGACAAAAUGGUCAUGUAUUUACGAGCAACUCAAGAGACCCCAGACUUCCUUGAAGUGUGUGGUUGCUUUUCUACCACAGAGGGGAAAGUACUAGUGGAACUUAAGAGGGUGAGGAUCUCAUUUUUGGGCAAUUGCUCAAAUGUUCUUCAGUCACUGUUCUUUCACAAUGAAAUAAUUACAAUUUGUGACAAGAGAGACUUGCAAAAUUGUAAAAUAAAAGCAAUAGUUUUUGAAGACAAACUCUGCAUUACUAAAAGACUUAGGCCAUACUUAGACCCAGAGUCAGUUGUUGUGGAGAGCAGAGACUAUUGGAUGUCCGACCAACUUCAAGACUUAGUGUUUCACUCACUUAACACAAAUAUGGAUGUGGAAAAUGUUCUCUUCAUUUGGGGUGUAGAGAAUCUCAAUCAGUUGUCAUCUGAACAGACACUGAAGAAGUUAGUUACUUGCUGUGAGGUAUAUCGCCAGAUUGUAUUAGCUUUGAAAGAGAGAAGACCGUCUUGCACUGUCCGUGUCAUAACCUAUAGAUCGACAGAAAAAACUGUGGAUCAUGUCAGUCCGGGUUUUGUGCUGUCUGGUAUGACAAGGGCUUGUUCGGCAGAGAUAGCAGGUCUCUCUUUUCAGCUGAUUGACCUUGCUUCUGUGACCAGUGAUGACAUUCAAAUGCUGAUUCAUGUAAUUAAAACCUGCAAACAACAAGAAGUCAUGAUCGGCAAAGGGAAAGCAUCAGCAACAAGAAUAGCAAAGACCCCGCUGAAGGACAAGGCUAUAUGUGAGGGUGAUAUGCAGUCAGUGUAUCCGAGCAACUUUGUUCUCCAGACAACCGAUUCAUACAGAAUGGCUCACAUGUCUGCCAUCCCCUGCAACACAAAUGCAAAUCCUAUCCAAGAGAAGUCAGUUGAGAUUCAGCUAACCAAUAUAUGCGUGCACUCAUCUGAUUACUUUCCUGUCACCACUUCACAUUUAAACUUCAGCAAGACAAUGUAUUGGAACCAGCACACAUCCCAGAAUCACAAGCUUCUGGUUUUAGAUUUUAGCGGCAUUGUCACAUCUGUUGGGAAAGAUGUUCAUAAUCUGAGAGUGGGAGAUCAUAUUGCUUCAUGUUAUCCAGCUCCUGCCAUGGCGAAGAUUAGAAUUCCUGAAGCUGUGUGCUACAGUACAAAAAACUUCUCAUUUCUGAGAGAGACUCCAUGUGUGUCUUACUUCAUACUGGCAUGGGAGAUCCUGCAGAGAAUGCUGCCUAUAGUAAAACAACAGCACAGAAAGCUGGCCAUUGUCUCCUCUAACUCAGCUUCUGCUCUGAUGAAAAUUUUAGCUCUGACAGCAAACAGGUCAGGCUGGAGUGUUUCCUCCCAGCUGCAUUUGGGAGGAGCACCUCUACAUCUUGAUCAGAGUCGUGUAUUUGUUUUUCUGCCCCCAUUUGAUCACUCUUGGCAGGAAAUACAACACAAUGGUGGCCUUGAGAGACAUAUUGUUUUUGUAUGUAGCAGUCACAUGUCAACUUCACACUCAGCAAGCAUGUUUGCAACGAAGAGUGAACACGUGCACAUACAUAAACUUGAUGUAGCUAAUGUUCUCCAGAGAGCCAAUCUGCAAGUACAGAACAGGAAUAUCUCUAAUUGGCUAAUGUCAUUAGGCUUUGAUUCAGGAUCUCUACCUUUGAAAGGAGAGACAUUUCAAUUAUCAAGCGUAAAAGAGCCUCAGACCAACGCAGAUUCUGAGUCCUAUUUCACCACAAAAACAGUGCGGCAGGUGGUUUUAGAUCAUGGAGAAUCUCAUUGUCCAGUGUCUGAUAUCCCUUUGCUCACCAGGCCAGGACAACUUUUCAAACAAAGCUGUGUUUAUAUUGUAACAGGGGGCCUUUCUGGUUUGGGACUUGAGACGGUGAAGUUCAUCGCCCAUAAUGGUGGAGGUUGCAUUGCAACACUGUCCAGAAGUAUUCUGACAGAUGAAAUGCAGUUUGAAAUGGGACUCCUCCAAAAAAGAUAUGGGGUUAGUAUCAUAAAUGUCCAAUGUGAUGUUUCUGUGUCAAUGCAGGUAGUGGAUGCAAUCUCAAAGAUUGAACAAAGAUUCUCUUCUUGUCCAGUCAAAGGAGUGUUUCACAGUGCUGCAGUAUUACAUGACGCACUGAUUGAAACACUUGAUGAGUCGCUCUUCCGAAAGGUGCUGCAGCCCAAAGUGAGUGGGGCUCUAAAUCUUCACUAUGCAACACUUCACAACAAACUUGAUUACUUUGUGUGCUACUCUUCCAUCUCUUCAUUCAUUGGCAAUGCCUCACAGUGUAACUACGCAGCAGCCAAUUCAUUCCUUGACAUAUUUUGUCAUUAUCGGAGAAACCUUGGGCUUGCUGGACAGUCCAUCAACUGGGGUCCUUUGAACCUUGGUCUCUUGUUGAACAAAGACCAUUUCCAAAAGUUCUUAGAGGCAAAAGGGAUGAUGAUAAUGAAUGUGUGUGAGGUUCACGAGGCGCUUGAAAUGUGUCUUCUGAUGAACAGACCACAACAAGUCAUAUGCAAGUUCAACUUCAAAAAUCUUAACAUUCAUGUUUUUUCACAAAAUGCAUCUCUCAGAGAACGACUGUCAGCUUUAGUGGCAAUGGAGCUCAAAGAUAAUAUAAGGAAUGAACUCAAAGUUCAGUAUUUGCCUUCCACACAUGAAAGUGUGAGAGUAAUUGUCAGUGACAUAAUCAAUGUUAGUGCAGAUGAGCUGGAUGACGACUCUGCUCUGGGUGCACUGGGUAUUGACUCGAUGUUGGCCAUGACUCUUCAGAAUAAGAUUUUCCAGGAGACAGGCGUGAAUGUAUCUUUGGUUACAAUACUAGACCCUAACAGUACACUGGCCACUUUGACAAGUAUAGUAAUGAAUAAUUAA